UGAUUUAAUGUUUGUAACGAUAAUUACUAAGUACUUAAAAUGAUUUAAAUUUUACUCCCUCUUUUAGUGAAUGUGUAAUAUAUGAAAACACAAGUAUUUUUAUCAUUUAUAAGAUUUUUUACUUAUUUUGAUUUAAUAAAGUAUGAAUUCAAAAAUGAUGAAAUCUACUAUAUUUUUUAUAGUAUUUGAUAUAUUUUUAGUUUUGAGUCAAAGGACUCCUACUAUAUCACAUAUUACACAAAAACCUAUUAAAGAUAUUGGAGGAACUGUAGAAUUGACAUGUUCAGUUUUAUAUUCUCAAGAAUUCCCUGUUUUGUGGGUAAAAGUUGAUAGAGGAAAAGUUACUGAACCUGUUGUACUUUCGACUGGUAGUACACUCAUUAUUAAGGAUUCUAGAUUUGCAUUACGUCAAGAUAUUGACAGCACAAGUUAUACCUUACAGAUCAAAGAUAUUCAAGAAACAGAUGCUGGAUUUUAUCAAUGUCAAAUUUUACUUGGUUUAAACAAUAAAAUAUCAGCUGAAGUUGAAUUAGAAGUUCGCCGCCCACCUAUAAUAUCCGAUAACUCAACUAGAUCAUUGGUUGUGAAUGAAGGCCAACCUGUAAAACUUGAAUGUUAUGCUGGUGGAUUUCCAAUCCCUAGAGUUUCAUGGCGACGAGUAAAUAAUGCCAUAUUACCCACUGGUGGUUCUAUUUACAGAGGAAAUAUUUUAAAAAUCCCUGCUAUAACCAAAGAAGAUCGUGGAACAUAUUAUUGUGUUGCUGAAAAUGGUGUUGGACGUGGUGCACGACGUAAUAUUGCUGUAGAAGUAGAAUUUGCACCCGUUAUUACUGUUCCUAAACCACGUCUUGGGCAAGCACUUCAGUAUGAUAUGGAUUUGGAAUGUCAUGUUGAAGCUUAUCCACCGCCAGCUAUAGUUUGGUUGAACAAUGGAAUUCAGCUUUCUAACAAUCAACAUUAUCGAAUAUCACACUUUGCAACUGCUGAUGAAUUUACUGACACAACGAUCCGUGUUAUAACUAUUGAAAAACGUCAAUAUGGAGAAUAUAUUUGUAAAGCAUCUAAUGUUUUAGGUUCUGCUGAAGGAAUUGUUAAUCUUUACGAAACAAUUAUUCCAGUAUGUCCACCAGCGUGUGGCCAACAAGCUUCACACUUGAGAGGAGGAAGUGUAAAAGCAUCCAGUAUUAGCUUAACUUGCUUAGUCUUUGCAUAUCUUGUAUAUUUGUAUAUAAACUAAUUUUUAUUAAAACUUAAGCUAUUUCUUUAUUAUUUAUGUAACUUAUAAAGUUUUUAUAAUAUUUGAUAUGUCAAUCUUAUUUAUAAAUGUAAAAUGUAGAUGUUGGGUAAAAAUUGUUUAUUUUAUAUUGUUAAAAUUUAAAUUUUAAAAUUAUAUAGUAUAAUUAUGACUAAGAUAAUUUUACCACUUUAAUUAGUGUAAUUAAUUAGUUUUAAGUUUAGUAGAAUCUCAAAUUGAUCUUUAUUUAUUCCGUCCAAUAUUAU